CGCCCUCGGCGCCGGGACCAUGGUGCUGGACAAGGAGGACGGUGUGCCGAUGUUAUCUGUACAACCCAAAGGGAAACAGAAGGGCUGUGCUGGCUGCAACCGGAAGAUCAAGGACCGGUACCUUCUGAAGGCACUCGAUAAGUAUUGGCAUGAAGACUGUCUAAAGUGCGCCUGCUGUGACUGUCGUCUUGGAGAGGUUGGAUCAACUCUCUACACAAAAGCGAAUCUCAUUCUUUGCCGCAGAGAUUACCUGAGGCUCUUUGGUACCACCGGGAAUUGUGCUGCCUGCAGUAAACUGAUCCCUGCCUUUGAGAUGGUGAUGAGGGCCAGAGAUAAUGUUUACCAUUUGGACUGCUUUGCCUGUCAGCUCUGCAACCAGCGAUUCUGUGUGGGAGACAAAUUUUUCCUGAAGAACAACAUGAUCUUGUGUCAGAUGGACUAUGAGGAAGGGCAGCUGAACGGGAGCUUCGAGUCCCAGGUUCAAUAGCAAACUCUGCUUCGCUGAAGCACUGUGGGAUGGACGUUCGGCCGCGCCAGCAGUGAGGGCGUCCGUCAGCUUGCCUGCAAUAUUUUUUUAAUUCUUGGUCCAGAAAGGACUAUAUACAUUGUAGUACUUCCCCCCCCCCCAACACAAAGCAGUUAAAAUUUUAGAUGUACAGUUGUGCCUGCUUAGCUGAGCACUGCAUUGCCUGUAUGUUUGUGAGUUUUUGGGGUCUGGGGAGGGCUCUGUACAGUCUGUUUUCUGUAUAUAAACUGGAACAUUUAUUUUAUGAAAAAUGUAAUGCAAUUUUAUUACUGGUGUGAAUUAAAAAUUAUGAAUGUUUCCUGGUCA